CACAAGUAGCCCGUAUAAUAGUCUCUAUUCGUCAUGAAGGCAGCCAUUCGUUACACCAUAGCAGUGCUGUCUCUCGUCGGAAUGAUAGCCACUUGGGUGGCAAUGGCCGAAAUCGUCCAGGAUUUACAAACGACGUAUCCGAAACCUUACUUUUUGACGUACGUCGUUCACAGCGGUUACGCUUUCUUUCUGAUCACGUGGCUCGUAUGGAGGUCGUUGCCAUGUGAACGGUUCAAACGCGACGACUACUGUGGAAAAUUUGGUUGGCAUGAUUAUAUCGAAGCGACCAUCUGGUUGGCAUUUUGCUCAUUUGCGAGUGGUUACACGUGGUAUCUAUCAUUGUCUAGAACAAGUGUGUCUGGCAACACGGCUGUAUAUCAAUCUCAGUCAGCAUUUGUGUUUCUGUUGUCAGUCAUUUUCUUGAAAGAGAAGGUCACCGUGCUGAAAGUCAUAUCCGUUGUACUAAGUCUUGCCGGUGUACUCCUAAUCGCACUAUUCCCGGGUCCAAGUCACUCCAACAGAGACAUGCACCCCUCCAUAUGGGGCUACUUGCUGUGCGCAAUGGCCAUGCUUUUCUACGUCAUCUUCGAGAUCGUCUACAAGAAGAAGGCCGUACAUGCAGACGAUCCCCUGCCUUUAUGGAAUGCUGUGCGUGUAAUCGGUUUGGUGGGCAUUCAGACGUUGCUUUGUUAUUGGCCUGUUCUCCUUAUAUUGCAUGGAACCGAGUUUGAAAAAUUUGAGCUUCCUACCGGAGAUAACUUGCGGAUGCUCUGUAUCGAUGUAGCUCUCGACGGCGUCUACAAUGUGCUUCUACUCGUUUGCAUUUCAAUGUCAUCGCCACUCUUCGCAACAGUUGGUCUGCUCCUUGUCCUCCCCGUCUCUGUCGUAGCCGACUACGUCAUCCAUAAACAUUACACUCUACCUGCUAUUGCAUUCGGAGGGGUAGCUCUCAUUGCUCUUGGGUUCGUCGGUUUUUGUGCGGCCGAGUAUAUUUUGCAAAGAAAGGAGGCAGCGAGGGCGCAGUCAUGUGAGCUGGAAUCGAGUGACUCGUUUAGUAGUUCAGAGACACGACGGUUACUGUCGAGCUCAACGUCGGACUGAAUUGGUCACGUGAUGUGUUUGUAUGUAAUGUUAUUGAUUUCAAAAUUGUAUUGUAUUGUAUUAUAGAGUGAGAGGGUGGAAUAGUAGAUUGGUGUAUGACAGUGAAUCGGAUGUU